CAAGAACAACUGUGUCGUCUGCUUAUUAAAGGAUUGAGCAGGCUGUGAUUUGGUAAACAGCUCUUACUAUGCGACUUGGAGCAGGAGACGUUCUCCACAAGCAGAACAAGAAGACAAUAAGCCAUGAAGUACUCUGUGUCCAUGAUUGGACUGCUUUUUGCCGUCUUCGCCCAGUCUCAAGCCUACCGUGUCCAUCAUGUCAACUUUGAGAGGGACAGCAAUCGCUAUUCCAUGACAAGACAGAGGGAGAGAGGUGGGCUCGUCAGGAUGGACAUUCCGAAGCAUGGUAACAUGGACAGAGCGGUUAUCCUUCAUGAUAUAGAGAGGAACUUGACAAUCUACAAAGAUCUUUCCGUUGGUGCGUGUUUCGUCACGCCCUUAGUGCAGACGAUCUUGCACUCACGUGGUCUCCUCCUGCGAUACCAAACACAAGACGACAACUCAGAAAAAUUCGAUUUCAUUAUUUUCCCACACGGUGCCCAAAUCAAGAACUUGGAGAAUGAGGCCGGUCCGACAGUUGCCGAAUUGUGCGAGGGGUACCCAACCUGGUACGCCCAGAUCACCAGGCGUUCAGGAGGUGCAGACAAUCAAGGCAGACGACAGAAGCGUUGGAGUUGGUCUGCAAGUUCUGCAAUCUCCAUCAACCGGGACGGAAGUAUCGAGCGCUGUUUCAAGACUGACCAUGGAGACUCUGCUGCUACAGAAUGUGUUGCAGGCAACGCGUCAAGCCAGGCCAGUAGCAGCUCGAAUUCGACGGACACCACACCGGAUAAUGAUGAAGAGGAACAGAAAACGGGUGUUUGGGGGUUCAUCAAAUCUCUUUUCGGAAGGAGCAAAAGAAGCCUCUCCAGACAGAAGAGAUGGAGUUUCUCCUCCAGUUCGUCCGUGUCCGUAGGAGCAGACGGCAAGGUUCACCGCUGUUCUCAAACCAAUGCCGGUGAGAGUUCCUCCUCUGGGUGUGCCAGCGGUGGCUCGUUCAGCAGCGCGAGCGCUACCAGUGAGAAUGAGACGGAGACGGAGCCUGAGAAGAACGAGGAGAAGGGCCAGUCCUUCUGGGAUUGGUUGACCGGCAGGCGUAAAAGAAGCCUCUCCAGACAGAAGAGAUGGAGUUUCUCCUCCAGUUCGUCUGUGUCCGUAGGGGCAGACGGCAAGGUUCACCGCUGUUCUCAAACCAAUGUCGGUGAGAGUUCCUCCUCUGGGUGUUCCAGCGGUGGCUCAUCCAGCAGCGCGAGCGCCUCCAGUGGAAAUGAGACGGAGAUUGAAAAGAAUAAGGAGGAGGGACAGUCCUUCUGGGAUUGGUUGUUCGGCAGAAAAUAAUGGUGUUGAUGGAUACCCGUUCCCUCGGACACCUACCGUCAAACUGGAGAACCACAAGACUGAUAGCCUGUCACUGCCCGAUGAUAAAGGAAUACUGCCAAUCAUUUCUCAGUACGACCUCACGAAUGAAACGUACGCAUAUCACUGGUUGGUGACCCACUCACUGACGGUCAUCCUGAACUUCUUAGUAUUAUACUCCUUAUAUCGGAUAUACAUGUAUAUUGAAAGAUGCAAAAACCUCGAUGGAUAGGAUGACUGUCGGUUGGUUCGAGAAACUGUGAAAUUUGCCUGUGAUCCUUUAUAAUAGUACAUGUAUAGAGCAUUAUUGUGAUGAUGAUUAAGCAAGUACAGAAUAUGGUCUACUUUUGGUUUCUAAAAUUAAAUAAUAUUUGUGAUA